GUAAAGCAUAGGGAAGCUUUGUAAAGCUCAAGAGGUAUGGUAAAGCAUGUUAACUAGUAUAGUAUAAUCAUGGGAAAAGCAUGUAAAAACUGCAAAAUUACCGUGCAAAUUUACUGUAGUAAACCUUUCUAAAGAUUUCUAAGGGAUAUACUAUUGUUUAAGAGUGAAUUAAGUCAGCAUGCGAUUGCAACACAGUGCAAAAAUACAUCGGGGAUAAAAUGAUACAGAUUUGUCUACUGCUUAAUGUUAGUUUAUAGUUUAUGGGUUUUAUAAGCGUUUAUUACUAGUUAACUAAACUGAGGCAUUCACACCUUUAAAGGUGGCAGCCUUAAUCACAGUGCAUUCAGAUCAUGCUCCCUGAUCUGGAUACACUGCGAUCCUUAGGAGAUAUAUUUUUUCUCCUGGUGAGCGCGUUGAAAAAUGUAUUGUCCAGUCAACGGACGGCACAGGAGUGUGGUAAUAUAAUAUAAUAUAAUAUAAUAUAGGGCUGCAGUGUGGAGUAGUGGUUAGGGCUCUGGACUCUUGACUGGAGGGUCGUGGGUUCAAUCCCAGGUGGGGGGACACUGCUGCUGUACCCUUGAGCAAGGUACUUUACCUAGAUUGCUCCAGUAAAAACCCAGGCUGUGUGGUCCAGUGGUUAAAGAAAAGAGCUUGUAACCAGGAGGUCCCCGGUUCAAAUCCCACCUCAGCCACUGACUCAUUGUGUGACCCUGAGCAAGUCACUUAACCUCCUUGUGCUCCGUCUUUCGGGUGAGACAUAACUGUAAGUGACUCUGCAGCUGAUGCAUAGUUCACACACCCUAGUCUCUGUAAAUCGCCUUGGAUAAAGGCGUCUGCUAAAUAAACAAAUAAUAAUAAUAAUAAUAAAUGGGUAAUUGUAUGUAAAAAUAAUGUGAUAUCUUGUAACAAUUGUAAGUCGCCCUGGAUAAGGGCGUCUGCUAAGAAAUAAAUAAUAAUAUAAUAUAAAAAAUGGGCAUCUUAGUAAUCAAAGCCCUUCAUACAUGUGUUAUGCAGUGGGCCAUUUGCUUUCAUUUUGCACACAGUGGAAAUACAGGCCAACGUGUCAAAGAUGUAUUUGGUUUCUCUUGACAGAGAUGUGAGGGUGAUGUACUGUAAUCACGUCUCUAUAAGACAGAUUGCACAUGCGAAAUGGUUUUUGUCUAUAUAAAUAUAGCGUCUUGAGUGGAUUGCACGUUUCACUACACAGCCUGGCCACCCUUUUGCAUUGUCAUUGUUUGCGCUUGCAUGACCUGUCUCUUUGUACAGCAAACACUGUACUAUAGAUUGCAACACUCUCACCUCACCCCACAGAAUGACAACUAGAUCUCCAUUUUUUGUUGAAAGAUCAGUGUGUUGGAUUUCUAUAAUCUAUAGUGAGAACAGGUCUAAACGGGGCUGACUGGGGUUCUUCUGCGUGGAUAAUCUGAUUACUGGGGAAGGCUGGGUUCCAGUUACAUUAGUAUAAACUGGCAGAAGUCAGAAGUGAUGGACUUUUUCACAGGCCAAAAAAACCACAGUGGUUGGAACGCGUGACGUUGCAGUGCUGGCGCAGCAGGAUGGUUGCUGUGGUACACUUCCUGAUGCGGUGACGCUUGGCUCUUUUGAGGACAGACUGGGAAAACCUUCAGAGGAGAAGGACAAGACAGAGAAGACUGCAUAUUCAAACCCAGGGUCGCUUUGGGAUGCCAGAGGAUGCGGUGUGUGAGCUGAGCAGCGCUGGCAGAGCAGUGGCAGACGCGGAGCUACUGAUUCCUGCAUGGAUUGGAAUGGGGAAGGCAUCUGCCUGCAAUAACAACACACUGCAAACCAAGAGAAGCUCAGUGGUCUGGAGACUGCUGCUCACCCUCCUCUUCGUCAAGCAAGCGUCAGCCCAGUGCAGGAUCCUGCGAUGUAACUCAGAGUUUGUUGCCGCCACGCUGGACCUGGGCGACGGGGCGGGGGGCAACGCCCGCUACUGCAGUGCCCUGCGUUCGUACGCCCUCUGUACCCGCCGCACCUCCCGUGCCUGCCGGGGAGACCUAGCCUACCACUCUGCAGUGCAGGGCAUUGAGGACCUCAUGAUCCAGCAGCGCUGCCCCAAGACAGGGCCCACCUCCCGUCCAAGGCCCCAGGCUCCGCUUUCCAGCCACGAUGGGCGCCCAGCGGGGGACACCUGCAAUUACAACAGGAGCUUCUACUUCCGGGAGGGUCGGCUACCUUCCUAUUUCCACUGCGGGGUCUUUGGAGACCCCCAUAUCAGGACCUUUCAGGAUGACUUUCAGACCUGCAGAGUCAAGGGUGCCUGGCCCCUCAUAGACAACAACUAUCUGUAUGUGCAGGUCACCAGUACCCAUGUGGCAAAGGGGUCCAAUGCCACGGCGCUCACUAAGAUCACCAUCAUCUUCAAGAACUUUAAGGAGUGCAUCGACCAGCGGAUCUACCAGGCGGAGAUAAACAACGUCCCUGCCGCCUUUAGCGAUGGAUCGACCAACGGCGGCAAGCGAAGGGGGGGAAACAGCCUGACCAUUGGGGGUCAACCGUCCGGACAACACAUUGAGAUCCAUGCGGUCUACAUCGGGACCACCAUCAUAGUGCGACAGAGUGGGGACUUCCUCGCCUUCUCCAUCCGCACGCCCCAGGAGGUAGCCAACUCCUUCUCUGAGGAACAGGACCUGCAGCUCUGCUUGAGCGGCUGUCCCUCUUCCCACAGGCUUCCCCCGCUGGUGUCUUCUGCGUCAAGCCUGCAGACGGCCAAGCUGAAGUGUGGGAGCGAACUGCCCAAAGAGGAUAUUUAUUUCCAGGCGUGCGUUUUCGACGUGGUGACCACUGGGGACACAAAUGUAACGAGGGCUUUGGCCGAAGCUUUGGAGGAUGCAAGAACAUUGAUCCCAGACGUGGAGCGUUUGCACCUUUAUGCAAGUUCUGCAAGCACAAACCCCAUCACUCUCCCCGCGCUUUGGUUAAUCUUCCUCUUAGUCACAGCACAACUUUAACUGGAAUUAUUUAAUAGCACACCGUUCCUCCAGGAUGCUGGCAUGGAUGUAGCGCAGAGACAGUACUUAGUGUGCGACUCAUAAUGUCCCCUCAAAAUAAUGUGCCUGGGGGUCCCCGAGUGGCUGACCUGGGAAAAGCAAGACCAUGUGGGGUGUGGGUUCAAAUCCCGGCUGCACAGUUGCUGAUCUUCACUGGGGAUCCCGGAGGGAGAGUCGCAUUGUCUCGGGCGUGCCCGUGGGUUAGGGAGGCAAAACCGGAAGGCAAUGUUUCUCCUCAUCUCGCUAACCCAGCUGGCCAGGCGCCUCGUAAACUCAACCAGAAACCUGCAGGGCUGGCCUUUGUCCUCCAGAGGGCGGUAGCUCGCUGACAGUUCCUGGGUGUGGAAGAGGAAGCUGGCUCGGUCGUGGGGUCGGAGGACGCCCGCUGAACCUUCGGUUCUCCUGAGCAGCUGUGUGGGGAAUCGCUGCGCUGAGAACAAAAUAAUCGGACAUUUAAAACUGGGGAGAACAUGGAGGGUAAUAUAAUUGGGCACUUAAAAAAAAAAAAAAAGAAUGUGCCUAAAGUGUGUCCUGGAGGGUCUGUAAGAAGAAGAAACUGAUUCGAAUACUCAUACUGCCAGCAAAUGUGCCGACAUCCACCAGGUCCAAUGGGAGUUUCAGAGGAUGGAGGCCUCUCUCACCCCAAUUCCAAUGGUGUUCUUGGAAUGACCUGUCUUAUAAAUUGUUAAACUCAGCUCAUCUCCAGCUAAUGGGACACCUCUGGACUCAGACUUAAAUACCUAUUCAGACUGGUACCAAUAUACAAAGUAGCCAGUACAGCGAGGUGCCACUGUAAAUACUGCCAGGAAUAUAACUCUCUGAGUUUGUAAGAGGCUGUCCAUAUCUGUCUUGUGGAAUCUCCAUUUCAGACCCACGUCAUCGUCAGCUGUACUAGUCUGUGGGCACUGUGAUUUACAAACUCUGUUGAUAUGAGGAAGAAUCUGAACCUGGGUUGUGCUGUACGUGCGACAUGUAGCUGUGGAUCUCAGGGGCUGGGUUCAGAUUCCAGAGCCGACACAAAAUGCGUAUCAUGUGCUCCGGUCCUUAUUGGGUGAAUCUUGAGCCUCCAGAUGGCACAAUUUGUUAUAUAAACAUGCCAUUCAAAUUGAAGGUGAAUGCACAUAUUUUUUUUUGACAUGUGACUUUUUUCCUCAGGCCUAAUUUGUAAAUAAGAACAGAUUUUAUUUUAAAUGAUUGAAUAUAGGGAGGUUGAGCAGUAAACAGUCCAGGACUGGAAAAGAGAAAUGGGAUAUUGCUGUUAAUGUAGAAACAUUGCACGGGCUUAUAGCAAGCAUAGAUUCCCAUAGAGAAGUAUUUUCAUGCUAUGCUAAAAAAGCCUUUAGCAAAUAGAAGUACAUGACAAGUAAGCGCUACGUAAUUAUUUCAUUAGCUAUUACCCCUUUAAAUACAUAAAUAAACACAAUGCAUGGUACACCUGUAUAGCUGUUAAGCAGGGCAUGCCUUUAGUUACUAUGCUUUACUACACCCUGAAGUAUUCCAUGCAAUGUCAUAAUUGGGCACUAGAGGGUGCUACAGUACCAUUCUUCCGGUUACCUGGCAACGCAAUGCUCACCCCUGAAUAAGAACACCUGUCCGUCUCUGCUGUUUGUUGUCUGUUGGUUAUCCCUGGUGCACUGAGGCCCAUGCAGGUGAUAAAAAUGAAACGUAUUUCAAUUUUACAAAUGUAAUAUUUCCUGUAUUCUAAAUGUUUUCAAAAUGUUCACAUGCAUGAAAGAAAAUGAACGUUAAAAACGGAGAAAAGGCACAGAAAAUGUCUUUCCCGUGAGUUUCCAAUUCUCAUGUGAAGAAGAGAGUGUCGGGGGUCUCUAAAGCUACCUGCAUGUCCAGCUCAUCCUUAUUAAAUACGCAAAGAAACACUAGCCUGCUCUCUGUUUAUUCAACUGAGAAAAUGUUAAGAAGCACUUAAUAGAGUUAGAGGAUGGGGUUUGUCGGUGUAUUGGUAAUAUCAAAACAUGGCAAACCUGGGUAAACAAUGGUACAUGCAGAGUAUAACCAUGGGAAAGCAUGGAGGGAAACGGCACAAUUAUACAGAAACACACGCUGUGCCUUCCUGCUACCUUAUUCUGACUGUGGGACAGUUCAGGGAACGUGUUCAAUAUUGGGGUGUCCAGCACAGAGACUCUAAUAUCUGUAGCGUCCCUCUUCCCUCUGAUGUUGUAGCUUCAAAGAUGUUUCAAAGGGAAGAAAAAACCUAUUCGAAAUGAAAAUGGUAUUUCAAGCUUAUUAAAAUCAAUUUCUUGCAUCUUAUUAGCUUUAUUAACAUUAGUCCCAUUUCUUGGUUGUUAUUAUUUCUUAGCAGAUGCCCUUAUCUAGGACAACUUACAAGAUAUCACAUUAUUUUUACAUACAAUUACCCAUUUACAGAGUUGGGUUUUUACUGGAGCAAUCUAGGUAAAGUUCCUUGCUGAAGGGUACAGCAGCAGUGUCCCCCACCUGGGAUUGAACCCACGACCCUCCGGUCAAGAGUCCAGAGCCCUAACCACUACUCCACACUGCUGCCACACUUCUUUCAUAGAUGAAAUGGUAGUCCAGAGAUUACAGACACAGAGAAGGAGAGGUGAUACCUUUCAUUGGACUAAAUAAUCAAGACCUCAAAGGUCUCUUCAUCAGGUGAAAGCAGGAAAGAGAGAUUCAUGUUUACAUUCAAGGGGACUGACAAUGAGCGAGACUUUAUCAGGAAUUCACCAAUAAUCUGUCAAAACAAGCAUUAAAACAAACAGGUAUUGAGACAACACAUAUGCCAGUUUUUCUGUAACUCAAAUAUAGUACUAAGCAUUGCAUUGUUAACAAUUCUGUUCAUUAUUACAAUUUAUUUUCAAUAUACAGAACAUUUUAAAACACAUUUAAGAAUUAAAAACAUACAUUAAAAUCUAAUCUUGUGCUUUUAUUUCUCAAAAGUUGGGUGGAAAUCAUGUAUGAUUGAUAAAUGUGAUUGAGAUUAACCAAUAACAGUAGCUGUAAUGUUUCUGGGAGCUUGUACCUAUUGACUCUAUAUUCAGACGGGAACGUUUCAAUAUGCAGAGUGGGGCAUUAACAGGAGUAAUAGUGAGUGAAUAUAUAAACUGAAAGCCUGAUGUUGCACUCAGCUCUAAGUAUUUUAUUUUAAAGCUCAACUCAAGGUUAUAGCCACACUGCCUAGUAUUGGGACAGGACAACGCAGCUCUGGGCAGCUUACAGGCUAGCCCGCAGAUGCCCGGCCAGUCUAUAGGGGUCGCUAGUGUGCGGUGAGCCGAGGACACCCUGGCCGACCUAAGCCCUCUCCCCCCGGGCGGUGCUUGGCCAAUUGUGCGCCACUUGUGAGCCCUAUAGGCAAAUAUUUUAAUGAGAAGGUAGCAGUGCUCCAAAAUGCUAUCCCUUGUCUAGGAAUACAGCACGACUCGGGAUGUAAUGGUUAUUGAGGUCAAUCCCACUCAGACCCCUACAAAAUAUUUUGGAAUCCCAGAAUAGA